GGCUCGCGCGGGAGUGUGGGGGGGGGGGGCGAAGGCGGAAGUGGCGGCGCCGGGUCCAGGAGUGGAAAGGAGCUGAGGCUGCAGCCCGAGUAAAGCGGCUGCCAGCCGAGUAACAGGCGCGGCCGCAGCGCCAUAUUGCGGUCCUCAGCGGUCGCCACCAAGCCAUGGCUGAGACCUACGACUUCCUCUUCAAAUUCCUGGUGAUUGGCAGUGCAGGAACUGGAAAAUCAUGUCUCCUCCAUCAGUUUAUUGAGAAUAAGUUCAAACAGGACUCCAACCACACUAUCGGCGUGGAGUUUGGAUCCAGGGUGGUCAACGUUGGGGGGAAGACUGUCAAACUACAGAUUUGGGACACUGCUGGCCAGGAGCGAUUUCGGUCGGUGACGCGGAGUUAUUACCGAGGGGCAGCUGGAGCCCUGCUGGUGUACGACAUCACCAGCCGGGAGACAUACAACUCGCUAGCUGCAUGGCUAACUGAUGCCCGGACGCUGGCCAGCCCCAACAUUGUGGUCAUCCUCUGUGGCAACAAGAAGGACCUGGAUCCUGAGCGUGAGGUCACUUUCCUAGAGGCUUCCCGCUUCGCUCAGGAGAAUGAGCUGAUGUUCCUGGAGACCAGCGCUCUCACGGGUGAGAAUGUGGAAGAAGCUUUCCUGAAGUGUGCGCGCACCAUCCUCAACAAGAUCGACUCAGGUGAACUAGACCCGGAGAGGAUGGGCUCAGGGAUUCAGUAUGGAGACAUAUCCCUUCGCCAGCUGCGGCAGCCUCGAAGUGCCCAGGCUGUGGCCCCUCAGCCCUGUGGCUGCUGAGAUUUACGGAGCCAGCUCACCUGUUCUUCUGGACCAGCCCUGCCUGAAGGCUGGGGCUCAGAACCAGGCCCCAAGAGGCCAGGCCCCAAUCUGCCCCAGUCUCAGCAAAGUUACUCCAUACCCCACCCCCCUUCCCUGGCCUUCCCUGGAGGGGUCUGGCUUUGGGGCAAGAAGUGAGCCACAGGGGUAAGGGGACCCCAUACCUGCUGCUGCUUCCUCUGUUUUGGCUAAUUCUAGUCCCCCUGUGCCCCUAACCAUACCUGAAGAACUCCCAAAGCUUGAAACCAGGCCCAUUUGGCCCCAGCCUCCUGCCUGGCCCCGCUGUUGCAAGUCUGUGUUAUUUAUUACCUGGAGGCCUGUUCUAUCCUGUCCUGGUCCUCCAUAAAGCAUUGUUUACACCUGU